GUUUAGUCACUUUAAAUUUGAAAUCCCGCGCAGACUCCAGUUCUCGCGAUCUCUGAGGGUUUAUACUUAUUACCCACAAUUCCCUUUCUUUCUCUCUUCUGUAGCCGGCCAAGAUGCCGAAAGGAAAGAAGGCCAAGGGGAAGAAGGUGGCCCCGGCCCCUGCCGUCGUCAAGAAGCAGGAGGCCAAGAAGGUGGUAAAUCCUCUGUUUGAGAAGAGGCCCAAGAAUUUUGGAAUUGGACAGGACAUCCAACCCAAGAGGGAUCUCACCCGCUUUGUCAAAUGGCCCCGCUAUAUUCGGCUGCAGCGGCAAAGGGCGAUCCUCUACAAGAGGCUGAAAGUGCCUCCUGCCAUUAACCAGUUCACCCAGGCAUUGGACCGCCAGACUGCUACUCAACUGCUAAAGCUGGCUCACAAAUACAGACCAGAGACAAAGCAGGAGAAGAAGCAGAGGUUGCUGGCCCGGGCUGAAAAGAAAGCUGCCGGCAAAGGGGAUGUCCCCACUAAGAGGCCUCCUGUCCUCCGAGCAGGGGUUAAUACCGUCACCACCUUGGUGGAGAACAAGAAGGCUCAGCUGGUGGUGAUUGCACAUGACGUGGAUCCCAUCGAGCUGGUUGUCUUUCUGCCUGCCCUGUGUCGGAAGAUGGGGGUUCCCUACUGUAUCAUCAAGGGGAAGGCCAGGCUGGGGCGUCUUGUCCACAGGAAGACUUGCACUACUGUUGCCUUCACACAAGUUAACUCGGAAGACAAAGGAGCUCUGGCUAAAUUGGUGGAAGCUAUUAGGACCAAUUACAAUGAUAGAUAUGAUGAGAUCCGCCGUCACUGGGGAGGAAACGUGCUGGGUCCGAAAUCAGUUGCUCGAAUUGCCAAGCUGGAAAAGGCAAAGGCUAAAGAACUUGCCACCAAACUGGGCUAAGUGUACGCUGCUGUGUCUUCUGUACAUAAAAAUAAUAAAAAAAACCUUCAUCCA